GGAGCUGAUAGUCUGCAUGUGUGUGUCAGAUGAACACUGUACACAACACAUGUAUAUGAUUGCCUUGACAAAUAUAACACAAAAUCUAAGAAAUUAUAAGCAAAUAAUCCCAGCGUGACUGACUUUUAAAUGCAGGAAUAAACCGAGAAUAAAACACGAUAAUGCACUAACUAGAAAACUAUUUGCCCCAGAGGAGUCACGUGAAUGCUAGGUUACACUAUGUGAAAUAUUAAAAGGCAAAGGAACAUGUACACUGAUCAAAACACACAUUUAAACACAAUAUAAAAAGGCAGAAACCAAUCCACUCCGCAUCUUAUUGGCCGCAUGGCGCAGUCCACAGCUUUGCGCGGAUAAACAGCAGCUGUACGUCGCGAGCAACAACAAGGAAACCCAAGGACAACAACACUUCAAUCGAACCGUUAACAUGAAAUAAUCCUCCAGCCGUACACCCAGCAGGUUCAUCUGAAAGACUCUAACGAUCUCCCCGGAGCACCGCCGCCGCCGUGCAGCUGCGUAAGCCCCCGGAGUGUGUGUUUUUUUCGGUUUUCCGCACAGACGCAGACGACUCCCUCCUGCUCAGCAGCGGCCUCCAUUUUAGCUCCUUGCCCGGUCGGUGCCUCACGUGUCCUGGACUGUCUUCCUCACAUGACCCGUGUGUUUGUCCCCGUGAUCAGCGCUUCCAUCUCCGUAAAUCAGUGUCGUUGAAUAUCGGCGUUUUAACCCCGCAAAAAGCUUCAUGGAUAUGCUGGAGCAGAGUCUGGACAGCUCGGGGAGUCACGACAAACGGGAAACAGAAGAGGUGGUGCAGCUACAGGAAGCCUCACAGAUUGGAAACCUGUUCUGUGUUGCAGGAGAGUCGGUGGGCACGGUGGAGCAGACCGCAGUGACCAUCACCGGCGUCCCGCAGGCUGCGUUCACUGACCACAAUGUGCAGUACCAGUUCCGCACAGAGAACAGCGGAGGACAGGUGACGUACCGUGUGGUUCAGGUGACAGACGAUCAUUUGGAAGCCUCAGCUGAUGGGUCAGGGGCCGUCAGUGUGGUUUCUGCUGCAGCGUUUGCUGGAGCCCCCCAGGCAGUGGCACAGGCUGUCAUCCAGAACCCUUUCAGUAAUGGGGGCAGUCCUGGGGGGGAGACGGUGGGAGGAGAGACGCGUUUCGCUUAUUUCCCUGCCACCACCGUCAGCGAUGGAACCGCCGUGUCCGUGCAGACCACCUCCGACCCCACGAUAGCUCAGGCAGGAGGCCAGUUUUACGUGAUGAUGAGCCCCACUGAGGUACUACAGGCGGCCCCUCGUACCCUCGCACCCCGCACACACACCUACACUGCAGACCUCGGUGAAAGCGAGAUGCUGCAGCAUGGCAGUUCUAACUG